AUGCUCGCGUCAAUGGCCUCCGGCAUCACGACAUCCAUCAUCCUUGAAACAUGGUUGCUUCGCCGGGGUGCAGAUCAGCUCUCCUGGUCGAGAGCCGCUCGGACAGCCAUGGGCAUGAGUAUGGUCUCAAUGGUAGCCAUGGAAAUCGCCGAGAAUGCAGUGGAUUACCAUUUGACUGGAGGUGUGAUCGCGUUUGAAGAUCCCAAAUUCUGGGCUGCUGCCGUAUUGUCGAUCGGGGCUGGAUAUCUGGCGCCUUUGCCGUACAAUUACCUGCGGUUGAAAAAGUAUGGAAAGGCCUGCCAUUGA